CAACUUCAACUUUCUUUUCAGAUGACCGAUAACAGGGUGCAAUUUGAGGUCGCUGCCGCCGGCAAAAGUGCAGUGCAAGAUGCGCAUCCCUCUUAGGCUGUCCUUCGUUCUCUGGGCCAUUGCCCUCCUGGUCUUUCUCGGACAUGCCAUCUCGCGAUUGCUCUUCUUUCGAUCCCUCUUCUUCGAGCAUUCCGGAAUCCGCCUGACGCAACCCGAGGUCGCUACCGCCGCAGUGGACUCGGCCGGCCCCAGUGGUGCCCGCCGACAAUACAUUCCCAAGAUUAUCCAUAAUGUCUUCCACAAUUGGCGUGAGCCCGGAAACGACACGCUGCCGGCGGACAUGGCUGCUAUGCGGCAGACGUGCAUCGAUACGAACCCGGACUUCGAAUUCAAGCUAUGGACCGAGAAAGAAUCGCGAGAAUUCAUCGAGCGGGAGUACCCGUGGUUCUUGAAGACCUACGACGGUUACCGGUACCCCGUGCAGCGCGUCGAUACGGUCCGGUACUUUCUCAUGCAGCAUUACGGUGGCAUCUACAUGGACCUGGACAACGGCUGCAAAACCGACCUGACCCCGCUCCUCUACUACCCCCUCUGGGUGACGGACGGCGGCCGUGGCGCGCUCAGCAACAAUAUCCUCGCCUCGCGGCCGGGCCACCCGUUCUGGCACCGCCUGACGCUGUCGCUGAUUCCGUACGACUGGAAGUGGCCGCUGCCGUACGUCACCAUCAUGUACGCGAGCGGCCAGUGGUUCCUGACGGCCAUCUGGGAGGAGUACCACGCGCUGCUCCCCAAGCCCGGUAGCAGCAGCCCCGCGGGCGCGGACGGGCACGGGUACGAGCACGAGCAUCGCCUCUACCGCGUCAUGAUGGACAUGGCGCCCGGCGCGGACCCCUGGGUCUUCUUCUCUCACCAGGAGGGCGGCGGCGGGACGUGGAACAAUUGGGACAACGAGCUGUUUGCCGCCAUUGGCGACCACCUGCUCCUCUUCUUUGCCCUGCUCUUUGCCGGCAUCUGGCUCGUGGCUUGGACCGCGCUGAGGUGCCUGCGCAGGUACCGCGUCGGUUACACGCGGUUGAGCAAGCAUCCCGGCAGCAGCGUGGUUUAAAGAGAGGAGGCCGGGGGAAUUGAGGAAGGCCAUGUUGCCUACCUUCCAUGCUGCUGCGGCUGCCAGCUGGAGCUGGUAAUUGGGCCCCUUGUCCGGCCAGCCGCAAGUGUGUGCCUGCGCCGCCCCCUUGGGACCGUC